AUGUGCAGUGCUAGGAACAGCAAAGAUACUGCGCAGAACCCUCAAGCUCCCUGGCCUCUGGUAGAGGACCCGAGCUUAGAGAGGGAUAACCGCCCGCGGAGGGCCAAAGCCAAGACCAAACAUAUGUUCCAACAGACAAUGAAAAAUAAAAUGGACAUGGACGCCUUCAAAAUACAAGUGAUUGACAAUGGAAAGGGAAUAAGUGCUGAGGAUAUUCAAUGUGUUGGUAAAAGAUACUUCACAAGCAAAUGCAACUCCCUGGAGGACUUGGAAGAUCUCAGGUUUUAUGGCUUCAGGGGGGAGGCUGUUGCAAGUAUGGUCACCCUUGCCACUCUUGUUGAGAUAUCAUCCAGGACAAAAGAAUCGAUGAAAACUCAUGUGAAGAUGUAUAAAGAAGGCGUUGGUUUGGAUGUGUUUGAAGCAGAGACGAGCAGGCCUUCGUCGGGAACUACAAUCACAGUUUGUAACUAUUUCUACAACAUGCCAGUCCGCAGGAAGAGAAUGGAUUCAGUCCUGGAGAAUGAGAGGAUCCGACAAAGGGUUGAAGCCAUUUCUUUAAUGCACCCCUCUGUGUCCUUUACUCUAAAGAAUGACUGUGAUGAUGAUGACAGUGGAAGGGGCAAUUCUCUUUAUUCAAUAUACUCAAAAUGGAAUAAUCCAGUCUUUGUCAAACCUCCAAACGAACUACCAAGACCCAAUCUACUAAAGCUCAGGCGGUUGUAUAAAGCUUGGAAAUAG